AAACCAUAAAAAAUCAUAAUAUGUCACGCUUCUUCCUUAAUCUGCUUUGACACAGACACAAUUAACCCUGUAAAAACAAAUCUGAAAAUCCCCCAACUUUAAUAAUUUCCAAUUUCCACCCAAAACUAUAAAAAUUGAAGCAAACUCAAACAUCAACAACACCUAUCAUCAAUUCAUUCAAAUUCAACAAUGAAGACUAAAACCUAAUUUCUCCUCUUCUCCUUCACCAAUUCACCAUUUUACCUGUAAUUUCAAAGCUUUUUCAACAAUGGCGCCUUCGUUUUUAUCACCGACAGAAAGGUACGCCGCAGGAACGUUGUUCGGUUUAGCACUUCAUCAGGCACAUAUACACCAAUCUCGACCUCUCGGAUUACAUCAUCAACAUCAAAACGACGACGUCGAGUUCGAUGAUCAUCAUCGUAUUAGCAAUGGAAGUAGCAGUAGCAGUGAUUCCGUCUCCGAAGACCCUCACCUUUGGGUUCAUCCUCAUUCUUCUCUCCUCCGUCCAAUUCUCAAGUUUUUGCAGAUAGAAUCUACGGCGUGGUCUGGGAUUGAAGAAACUUCUGGCGCUUCUGGAGCUACUCGUCAUGUUGGAGCUUUUCUGAGAUUGCUUUCAGAAGAGAGAGAGGAAAGUUCUUCGGAAAAGAAGGAUCAGGAGCUUGCUUUGGCCAAAGGUGUUGAUUGUAUGAAAGCUAGCAUGGACUCUUCUACUGAUUUUGCAACUAAAAGGGAUAAGCAGCGUGAGUAUGCGCAGGAACGCCGAGAAAAAUGUACUGUCCCUGAGAUGCCAGAGACACCAUCAACUCCUGCCGAGAGAGAAGUGAUUGAGUCUAUCCAGGAAAGAACUGCUGCAGUUGUUCCUGACGAAAAUUGCACUCACGGAUCAGAAUAUAAAUUCAAUGAGGAGCCUGUCGAAGAAGAGAGAACACUUAGCUAUGAGAGAAAAAUUACAGUUCUCUAUGAGCUUCUUUCAGCAAGCCUUGCGACUUUGUCAGAAGAUGGCAAAAAAUCCAAUCAAAGAAAGGGCUAUGAUGCUCGACAUCGUGUUGCGUUACAUUUACUUGCAACAUGGCUUGAUAUCGAGUGGGGGAAAGUGGAGGCAAUGGAGACCAUGAUCGCCUGCUCCGUUAUGGCUUUAGCGAAGGAGUUAGAAUCAAAAAGAGAAGAAACUGAUUCAGAAAAAAGUUCAUGGGCUAAAUGGAGACGUGGGGGUAUCAUUGGAGCUGCUGCUGUAACUGGGGGAGCAUUGAUGGCCAUUACAGGAGGGCUAGCUGCCCCUGCAAUUGCUGCGGGAUUUAGUGCUUUGGUCCCUACACUGGGCACUAUUAUUCCUGUGAUUGGAGCAGGUGGUUUUGCAGCUGCCGCUAGCGUUGCUGGUUCUGUUGCAGGCUCUGUUGCAAUUGCUGCCUCAUUUGGAGCUGCUGGAGCUGGUCUCACUGGUACUAAGGUGGCCCGAAGGAUUGGAAAUAUUGACGAAUUUGAGUUCAAAGCUGUAGGAGAGAACCAUGGACAAGGACGACUAGCAGUUGGGAUCUUGGUUUCAGGAUUUGUUUUCGAUGAAGGAGACUAUAUAAUGCCUUGGGAAGGACUAGCUAAUAACCUGGAGAGGUAUGUGCUGGUAUGGGAGUCGAAGCAUCUAAUUGCUGUCAGUACAGCGAUACAAGAUUGGCUCACUUCAAGCAUAGCUUUGGGGUUGAUGAAGCAAGGGGCUAUGAUGACAGUACUUAGCACACUUCUUACAGCAUUAGCUUGGCCAGCUACGUUGCUUGCACUUACCGAUUUUAUAGACAGCAAGUGGACAAUCGCUGUGGACAGAUCUGACAAAGCUGGAAAGCUGCUUGCUGAAGUUCUGUUGAAAGGAUUGCAAGGGAACAGGCCUGUCACUCUUGUAGGUUACUCUUUAGGAGCUAGGGUAAUUUUCAGGUGCCUAGAGUUUCUGUCGAAAACUGAACAAGCUAAUCUUGUUGAAAGAGUUGUUCUUCUUGGGGCACCCAUUUCAAUCAAAGAUGAGAACUGGGAAGCUGUUCGAAAGGUUGUUGCUGGGAGAUUCAUCAAUGUUUAUUCACGAAAUGACUGGAUACUUGGUAUCGCCUUCCGUGCAAGCCUUCUUUCGAAAGGUUUAGCUGGAAUCCAGGCGGUUGAAGUUCCGGGAAUCGAGAAUGUGGAUGCAACUGAUAUAAUUGAAGGCCACUCAUCUUAUCUCUGGGCCACCCAGGAGAUUAUGGAUCGGCUUGAGCUGGAUACGUAUUUUCCAGUUUUUAGAAGCUCGCCUGCCGGAGAGUAGAGCACUUUGCUUUUCAAGCUUGAUUGUCUCCUUGUUGCCUGUCAGUCAAUUUUUGCAUUGGAGAUUUCAAUGAACAUCAUCAAGCUGUUUUCUGCUAAAAUCUGAUGACAAAAGUUGGCUUCGUGUAUUGCUGUAUAGUCUCAUAGAUGUAAGUAAGAAUGGCGUUGUAAUAAAAUAUCAAACUCUUCCCCCACCCAUGCACCCACCCACAAAACAAAAGAAAAUAAAAGAAAGAGAAAAGAUAUAAAGGUUAUUGAAUAA